ACAUUUUUGGCUAUAAUGCAAGAGAAUGAUGUAAACUUUAGCGCGAUACAGACAAUACCCAGCGUUGCUGUCGAUGGUGCAAUAGCAGGAGGCAGUGCUUCAUCGGAUGCGAGAGGAGGAUGGAGUUGCAGGCAUUACACAUAUUCGAAUCCACGUACU